CCACAUCUCCCAUGUUGCCUUUCGGCUGUGACGAACAGACCGGGAGGAGCUGUCGUUUUUUUACUCUCCAUAUUUUUUAUUUACAAUAUUUAUUUAUUUAUUUGAUCGUCGGGAGCAGGCUCGGAGUGCGGUGGCGUCGGGGUGACGAGCUGCUCUGGACUGGGACAGAUAUUAAUAUAAUACUCCUGCACGCGCAGCGGAGCAGCACAAUAGAGAGAGCGAACAAAGACGCGCUCGUCCGCCUGCGCUGUUUCUCUUUCAGUUCAGCCGAGCGCUGGGAGACUGGCCUGCGCUCACAGGUGAGGAUCUCUGCCCGUGUGGAGCAUCAGAGGAGCUGAGGGAUCGUGAUCUCUGAGUCUGGGGUUUAAUCGAGUCUCUCAUGUAAAGCUGUGAUACAACAGGAACAAGGAAGCGGUCUCAUUGUGUGCAUCUGUCGCGAGAACACAUCAGUCUGAUGCUCGAUCCAGCAGCAUGCGCCUCCACUCGAGCAGCUGAAUGCGGAGGGGAUGUCUGGCAGUAAGGCUCUGGGUGGUGCGCGGCGGCGGCGGACACGGUGCCGGCGCUGUCAGGCCUGUCUGCGGACCGAGUGUGGAGAGUGUCACUUCUGUAAGGACAUGAAGAAGUUCGGCGGGCCGGGCCGGAUGAAGCAGUCCUGUCUGCUCCGGCAGUGCACUGCGCCCGUGUUACCACACACAGCCGUGUGUUUCGCGUGUGGUGAAGCAGGGAAGGAGGACACGGUGGAGUCGGAGGAGGAGAAGUUCAGCCUCUCGCUCAUGGAGUGCACCAUCUGUAACGAGAUCAUCCACCCCAGCUGUCUGAAGAUGGCCAAGUCUGAAGGCAUUAUUAAUGAUGAGAUCCCAAACUGCUGGGAAUGUCCAAAGUGCCACAAGGAAGGAAAGACCAGUAAGGAUCCAGGAGAUGGUUCAGGGAAGAGGCGCAUGGACAAUGGGGAGGUGAGCCGCUGGAAGCUGACGGAUGAGCCUCCACCCAGUAAGAAGAAGAGCCUGUCCCUGGACGACUCGGCCCGGCCGGACGGAGCCAAGCGCAGGAAGGACAAGGAGCUUCCUCAGGAGAGUGCCUCCAGAAAGAAGAUCAAAGGUGCCCGUGAUAAACACCUGAAAAAGCAGAAAGCCAAACCCAACUCCUCGGAUUCUUCUGAAGCGAACGGGCCCAACUCUUUGCUGGCUGGUGGACACAGCUCUGCUGGAGGCUCUGGUGCGCCGCAGCCCUCAGCCCCGAGCCAGGACCAGCGCUCGCAUCACCGUGAGAAGCUCGAGCGCUUCAAACGCAUGUGUCAGCUACUGGAGCGAGUGCGCGACUCCAGCUCCUCGUCCUCCUCCAGCUCAGAAAGUGACUCGGAAUCGGAUUCAGACUCGCCAUCUCCUGUCGCCGCCUCAGAAGCUUCCUCUCCAGCAGCUGGAUAUGGCAACAGCAGCAUCCGCGAGCGAGAGCGAAGCCGCCGUCUGGCAGAGCUGGGCUUCAGUGCCAGUGAGGAUUCUGAUGGCGAGAGCGUAGCAGCAGACCAUGAGCAGGACGAGCCGCAGCCACAUCGCCGCAGAGGAGACGUGAGUAGCAGGCUGCGCAGAGCGGUCGUGGACACUGAAGCAGAUGAUGAUGAGGACAGGGCAGGGGAUCGGGGUCAGCCGUCCUCACCGCUGUCAGCUACGCAGCUGCCACCCUUUGGACAUGGACAUUUGGCGGGACCCGAAGGCCUGUCCUCAUCCAAGCGCACUAACGGACAGGACACACGCAACGGCCGCACACGGGUGGCUGGCAGAGAGAUGCAAGAGAAGGAGAACUCCAACAGCAGUACUGUAACCAAUCACCCGCACACCCCCGGAAAGGCUGUCCGUGGGAGCAAAAUCCGAGGAGGAAGCCGGCAGAACAUUUCCUCAAAUAAGAGCACAGGUACAGCAUCAGCUGGCUCUGGUACUGCGAACGGCAACACUGCCACCUGUAACCCGGUCAGCGUCUCUUUGACUCCACAUCGCUCGCAGCAGUCGCGCUCACAACUGGUGAAGAGGAGUGCUGUGGCUGUGCCCUCUCCGCCGCGGCCCCUGCAGAUGGAGCGGCACCUUGUGCGACCGCCGCCGGCCUGCCCCGAGCCACACUGCCUGCCGCUGGACAGCGGCGCGUCUCACGUGCUGCCAAGGGAAGUCUGGCUCCGUGUCUUCCAGCAUCUCAGUCAGCGGCAGCUGUGUGUCUGCAUGCGUGUGUGCCGCACUUGGAGCCGUUGGUGCUGUGAUCACAGGUUAUGGACUCAGAUCGAUCUGAGCCACCAGCGCUCCAUCACUCCUCCCAUGCUGAGCAGUAUAAUCCGUCGACAGCCUGUGUCUCUCAACCUGGGCUACACCAACAUCUCCAAGAAACAGCUCAUGUGGCUCAUAAACCGUCUGCAAGGUCUGCUGGAGCUGAACGUGGCGGGCUGCUCGUGGUCCUCGGUCUCGGCGCUCUGUCAGUCUGUGUGUCCCUGUCUGCGGCUGCUGGACCUCAGCUGGGUGGAGGAUCUGAAGGACUCGCAUCUGAGGGAGCUGCUGGCCCCGCCGACCAACGACACACGCUCAGCUCAUGGAGAGAACCGCGGCGGACGCUUCCAGAACGUGACAGAGCUGCGUCUGGUGGGCCUGGAGGUGACGGACGCCAUGUCACGCCUGCUAGUGCGCUAUCUUCCUCACCUGAGCAAGCUGGACCUAAGCCAGUGCUGCCACAUCACAGACCAGAGCAUCCACACGCUGACCUCUGCCCUGUCCCCGCUGCGAGAGAGCCUCACACACAUCAGCCUGGCAGGCUGUGUGAAGGUGACGGAGCAGUGUCUUCCUCUGCUGCGCCGCUGUGCCUCGCUGCAGACGGUGGACCUGCGUUCCUGCAACCUCCUCGCUCCUGACGUCUGCCAGCUGCACUGCUUCCCCUCGGCCCCAGACAGACUCCUGCUCAAGAACAGCUAGACUUCUGCCCACCAUCAACACUACCACAACACAGUGUCAGAGGAAAGAACAUUGUAAAUCAGAGACACUUUGCUGUUUUUUUUGUUCUGUUUUUAUUUCUGGAUCAACCAUUUGUGAAUGGAGACAUUAAUUCCACAUAGAUAUUCCGUACCAGUAAUGAGUGUGUGUACAGAUUAGUAGUUGACUGUAAAUGACCCCCACGACCCCUGACCCCUGGUCCCAGCUCAGCUCUGUGCCUGCUGGGAACACUGAC